GCGACAGCAGUGUGCGUCUUCAUGCGUUUAUCGUAACACGCAGUUAGACCGUCUUGGUUAAACAGGAACUCAAGGAAGCGAGGAUAUCCCCUGUUGCGGGUCCUGCGAAAAAGCUUUCACCACGGCGAGACCGGCCAUGAUGUCGGCCGGACCAAUUAUGGCCACUCAUUGUAAAGAUGCGAACGGCUAAUAACAACGUGCACAUUUGGACAUCUUGGACACCCGGAUUGCACAGCAUGGAGAUGAAAGGGGACCUCACCCAACCAAUGCUGAACGUCGCUGUGGAGAUCUACAAACGGCAACCAAGCCGCAACGUUUUUUUUUCACCCUUCAGUAUCGUAGCUGCACUGUCUAUGAUUCUACCGGGAACACGAGGCGACACAGCCAAGCAGAUCGCCGCUACACUGCACAUACAAGAAGACACUCACAAGGCUUUCUCGCAGCUUCUGAAAUCCUUGCAGAGAUAUGCGCGCGAUAUCACACUAAAGAUUGCCACUCGCAUCUACGCUCUUGAGAGCUUAAAGCCGUUGGAUGAUUUUUGCGCUUUCCUCAAGGACUGUUACUCCACUUCUAUAGAGUCUGUGGACUUUGGUGACGACGCUGUUCGUCGUGAGAUCAAUGCCUGGGUUGAACAGGUCACCAACGGCAAGAUUAAAGACCUCCUGCUUCCAGGUGCAGUGAGUUGCUCUACCGUGCUUAUCCUCGUGAACGCCGUGUACUUCAAAGGUGCCUGGCGAAAAAGCUUCGAAGAAUGCGAUACCACAUCAAUGGAUUUUCACACAACGUCUUCCACUACAAAGGUGGUGAAAAUGAUGUUCCGGAAUGGAUGCUUCAAGAUGGCAUAUAACAAGGAACUGAAGGCCAAUGCUUUGCAACUACCGUACAGCGGAAACGCGGCUUUCAUGAUCGUUCUGCUGCCGGACAACAUCGAUGGCUUGAAAUUCCUCCAAGAACGCGUAACGCCCCAAAAUCUAUCGUUCACGCUACGCGUGAUGAAAAUGAAAGAAGAUGUGGACUUGUAUUUACCCAAGUUCAAAGUGGAGCAGACAAUGGAGCUCAAGAAGGUACUUAUGGACUUGGGUGUCAAAGACCUGUUCGAAUGCUCGGCAGACCUGACAGGGAUCACGGAGCGGAGUGGAGUCAGGUUCUCUGACGUCGUGCACAAGGCAUUUGUUGAUGUCAACGAAGAAGGCACUGAAGCAGCAGCGGCUACGUCCAUGGUGAUGACCGACAGCUUGCCGAUUGCCGGAGAUGAACCGAAGGUCUUUAAGGUGGACCAUCCUUUCAUGUUUUUGAUUAUGGCAGGAGAUGUGGUCCUUUUCGUCGGUUCCCUGAGCGACCCGGAAUAGAUGGCAGUGAUGUGACAGCAAGAGUAGUAUGCGUUAGCGCAGUAAUAGAUUUAUUGCGAUUUCGCCCACGGCAACGGGUCCUCAGCAGUGGCCGCUUGCACAAUAUAGAUCACUCCCGCGACGCCCACGUAUACGGGCCGAUUCUCCCUCCGUACCCCCUCCCACGCGCACCAUCAUACAAAAAAUAGACAUACACAGUUGUACGUUCGAUAUUUUUUAUUAUAGUAAUGGAACUGAAUUCACACAUGCAAGUAUCUUUUCCCAAUUCACACAGAUAGGUAUAGCAACAUGUUGCUACAAGUGAUAGCGAGCAUUAAUUACAUACAAUCAUAGCGAGCAAAAUCAUAGCAUAUCAUAAACGUUUCUUUUUGCUAUCAAUAUGAUUAUAUCAACUGAUAUCAGAAGAACAAAAUCAAAGCGAACCAUAAUUAUUCUUCCUGGCGUAUCAUAAACGUGUCUUACACACGCUAAUUUUGUACUAUGUUAAUGUCUCAGGAUCUGUAACGAAAGACAGCAAUAAUUAUUUCUAUCUUGGACAUUUCUUACACCCACUACAAAUUUUCAAUCGAAAUGUGAGGGUGACAGAAUCAUACCGAUCGAUAUAAUUAUAUGGGGUGUUAUAAUUUAUAAGUUAUAACACACCAUAACUAUUAAUCAAAAUCAGAAUCAAAGUAGGAAAGCACUAAUUUCACAACACUCACCUGAAAUCAGAAAGACAGAACCAAAGGGAACAAUACUUGAAUUCACACAAAACCAACUGCAGCGUUCGAUUAAAACAGUGCUCAGUGGCGCACGUAUCCCCCUUACGCCAUCCGCAGCCACAUGGGCGAAGAAGCAACUUAAAGAAACGCCGCCUCUAUGCACAUGCUUGCAAAGCGUUUCAUCCUAUAUCCGCAUGCGUUGGACACAGUUUUUAAAGAAAGGAGAGAUUGUUAACAAAUAGAACGACUUUAAAAUUUUAUACUAAUGUGACCACCAUUCUGUGCACUAAGGUCGGAGUAUGCUCAACCUUCUUUAUGCUCAACCAAUAUUGUUUUUUGAAAUUGGCGGUCGUCGAAGUACUGUUUCAAUUCGUCGAAGUACGAAUUUCAUCUGUUCAUGUUCCCAGGCACCCUGAGGCUUGUGCUUGUCCAUUUGUACAUCCCAGCCUCAGAACUAUUACUUUCCAUAAUACUGUUUGUUACAGAUUUGAAAAUAUUUUAUUAAUGACAAUGGUGCUGGGAAGAAUGCCAAUCACACUUGUAAAAAGAAAGUUUUUCGAUUGGUGCACCCGUUCGUGAAUUAUUUAGCCCGGAGAUUUAACUGAGACACCCUGGGAUGGGGCCCUUCAAAGCCACCAUGCGUUGCUUUUUUCACACACCCUGUGUUAAUUACUGUAAAUGGAAUAAAUAAAUAAAGUGUGCUCUCUGA